UUGAAUAGUAAUAAAAAUAGACCAAGCACGUCGAUUUGGCAUAAUUGACACUGAUAACCUUCAUAUGACAUUGAUUAGUUAUCAAAUAUUUUGGAGUUUUUUACGGAAAAAUAAAAAUUGUUCUAUUAACUCGUUAAUUAAUGCACUCUAUUGAUAAGUACAAAAACAUGGCAAUUUUGAAGACUCUCCAUAAGUUUUUAUCAUCCAAAAAUACCCUAUUUCAUAUGAAUCGCCAGAAAAUGGCAUUUUCAAUAAAACCAAAGGAAGAAUUCAUCGAUAUCAAUUCCAAAAAAAUAAAUUAUCUAAAGAUUGGUAAUGGCCCAAAUAAUAUUAUGUGCUUUCCUGGUGCUUUAGGUACCAUUUGGAGUGAUUUUAAACCUCAAAUAGAAGGUUUGAACCAAGACGUAUUCACGGUAUUAGUUUGGGAACCUCCAGGUCAUGGUUUCAGUAGACCACCAGAAAGGAUAUUGACCUCAAAAUUUUAUGAGGAAGAUGCGGAUACUGCUAAUGACUUGAUAAAGGCUCUAAAAUUUGAGCCAUUUUCUUUGUUAGGUUGGAGUGAUGGUGGAAUCUCUGGAAUGAUCUUUGCGGCAAAGUAUCCACAAUCCAUUGAAAAAUUGGUGAUAUGGGGUGCUAAUUCUUAUGUGCAUUCCAAAGAUAUAGAGAAUUAUGAAAGUAUUAGAAAUAUCAAAAAUUGGUCUGAAAGAGCUUCAGCUCCCCUGAAGAAGUUAUAUGGAGCGGAAACAUUACAAGACGUUCAAAAUAGCUGGUGUGAUGCCAUGCUGGAAAUAAAAAGAAAAGGAGGAGAUAUUUGUGGAUAUCUUUUGGAGAAAAUUGAAUGUCCUACAUUAAUAUUACAUGGUGACAAGGAUCCUCUGGUUGGCCUUGAACAUCCUGAACAUUUAAUGACGAAAAUCAAGAGGGCAAAGUUACAUCGAUUUCCUGAAGGAAAACAUAAUAUUCAUCUGAGAUAUGCCAAAGAGUUUAAUGAUAUUGUAACAGAAUUUUUACUCAGUAAAAUGAAAUGAAUAACAUUCUCAUCCUGUAGAGAACUUUGGUUGGGUAAAAAGAUGAAAUACUGCCUUAUAUACUUUCUGUUUAUAAGAUAUUGAAGCUUUUGAGUGCUUCGAAAUCAAUCGAGAAAAUAUUUUUUGUUUAAUAGUUAUUUGGUGUUUUGAUUUAUAUUUUCAUUAUUAAAAAAACUUUAGAGCAAUGAGUUGUUUGUGAAAUAAAAAAGUGUAAGAAACGUAAUAAAUAUCAAUAUAAUAUUUU